UAGAAUAAAUAGUUUUUUUGUUUAUUGACGGUUCAUAAAAUUACGGCAGCUUAUAAUUUCUCGCUACGCAUAUUUUGUGGCCGAGUUGUUAUAGUGUGGUCCUAGCCUUAUAAUUUUGCUACAACAUUAUAGAAUAACCAGUAUUUUUUUAUUAUAAAUCAUUAUCAUAAUUUAUUCCUUGGUUACUCAUUUGAAGAAUUCAACAUUGUUUUAGUCAGUCAUAUUUUGAUUUGAAAACAUGAUACACGGGAAGGCAAAACUUAGAAAAUUGUUAAAAACAAAAUAGAGUAUCUUCUUCCUUUAAACAUGAUUUGGCAAUUGAUUGUGGGUGUUGUUUUUCUUUACUGUUUGGUGUUACGAUGGCGAGCAAGACAUUUGAUAAAGUUUUCUAAAUUGUAUAAGAACAGCAUCAAGGCACUGCCGGUGUUGGGACACUCGUAUUGCUUUAUUGACUGUAAAUCUGAUAGUGAUCGCUGGAAUGUACUGGAAAGGUUUAGUCGAGAGGCACUCAAACAAGGAGGAGUGACCACGUCAUGGAACUUGCACAGACUAUACUGCAUUGUAGCAGACCCUGUAAUAGCAGAAUGUAUUAUGAAGAACUGUCUUGAAAAAGAUGAUUCUAUGAAACUGAGUCUAGCUCUUGUUGGCAAUGGCAGCGCUGUGGCUGAUGUUCCAAUAUGGCGACCUCGUCGCAAAGUCAUGGUGCCAACCUUCAGUCACAAGAACCUGUUGAACUUCGAGGACAUAUUCUCCAGGCAGAGCAUGAUCAUGAUCGAACAGCUGAAGAAGGUCGCGGACUACGGAAGCCUGUCGUUGUCAAAGUAUAUAAUGGCCUACGCUAUGGAUUCCGUUUGCGAAACUGCACUCGGGAUCUCAGCAAAUUCUCAACAGAAUCCGAAUGAGCGUGUCUUAGAAGCAUUCAUUGGUUCCUGCAAACUGCUAUCGGAGCGGAUUACAAAGCCUUGGUUACAUUUCAACCCUAUUUACAAGCUGACAAGCGACUACACACAGUUCAUGGGCUAUGUGGACACCGUUCUUGGUUUUAUUGGAGAUGUUAUUCAAACUAAAAGAGAGGAGAUUGCUGAAAACAACAAACUCAAGAUACAGGAUGGAGAUGAAGACCGCUUCAAGACAUUUUUGGAGCUGAUGAUCGAGUCCUCAGGGGGUGACAAAGGGUUCAACAAUACGGAACUUCGAGAGGAGACAGUCGUGCUGUUCACAGCUGGCACUGACACUUCAACACUUGGCUCUUCUUUCACCUGCGUGCUGCUGGCAAGACAUCCUCAUAUACAAGAAAAGGUUUAUCAAGAGUUGAAGGAAGUCUUCGGUGAUACGGACAGAGCAGUCACAGCUGAGGAUCUUCCCCGUUUGAAGUAUCUGGAGGCUGUUAUCAAGGAGACGUUACGUCUGUAUCCACCAGCCCCGAAUCUGCUAAGAAAAGUCGAUAAGGACGUUAUACUUCCAUCAGGCGACACGCUUCCUGAAGGAACCGGUAUAUUCUUAAGUCUCUUCGCGACUCAUCGAAACCCGAAGUAUUGGGGUGACGACGCCGAACAGUUUCGACCUGAACGGUUUAUUGAUGCGCCCCUCAAGCAUCCAGCCGCAUUCCUGGCAUUUAGUUAUGGACCAAGGAAUUGUAUUGGAUACAGAUACGCUAUGAUGUCGAUGAAGACAGUACUAGCAACGCUGCUCCUCCGCUACCGAGUGCUGUCAGUCUCCAAACUCGAUAUCGGACAGCCAAUAAGUUUGAAGUUUGACAUCAUGCUGAGAGCAUCAGAUGACUUCCAAGUUAUACUGGAAUCUAGAUCAUAAGAAUAUAGAAUAAGGUUCAAAUUUAAUUGUAAGGUUUAGAAAGUUUUUCUUUGUUUACUAUACUGCAGAGUAGAGCAGAGU